AUGUGCCGGAAUGUGGAAUUUAAUAUCGUGGGACGGAUAUCUUUGCUCAUCUUGUUCGAAGAUUUUGCAAUAAAUUACACAAAGCCACACAAAUGGAUAUUAUGCCGCGCGAUUGAACGAGUGUGUGCUGGGGCCGACGGAGCUGGCAUGGUGUCCGCGGCAAGGGCGCUACUCGCAGCUGUCACCAGAGUCUUACUUUUGGCAGACAUGGUAGUUGUUCGACAACUAUUGCUUGCUAAGGAUAAGGUGGCGCGAUCGUUAGACCGGCUGGAGUCGGUCUCUAAUUUCGCGGAAUUCGUGCGAGCAUUCACCGAAUUCGGCGGCGGUAUGGUGGAACUGGCGCGGCUCACGGCCGAGCGCCGCGCCGACCUGCGGGACGAGCGACGGAGGGCCCAGGUCGCUGCUGCCAGGAAUGUACUAGAACGUUCAACACUGAUGCUCCUUACUUCGUCAAAGACAUGCAUGCGACAUCCGGGAAGCGCAUCGGCGAGAGAAAACCGUGACACUGUUUUUUGUCAAAUGCGACGGGCGAUGGACCUCAUACACUACGUAGUACGAGACGGCUUGCCCGGCCACGAAGAACAUGGACAUGAGGCAGCUCAGUGGGAGGCGGGGACUGCAUUGGGUGCUCUGCGAGGACUGUCAUCCCAAGUAAGGGCAGCAAGAGCAAGGGGCGGAGCGGACGCCUCACGCAGACGAGCCCUAGCUGGCACGCUGCGGGCUUUGGUUGAACGAACGCACGACUUCACAGACUCCGCUUACACCUCGCAUGAACACAGACAGCAAAUACUAGCUCUCGCCGAGAGAAUUGCCUACGAGUUGGAGAGACUCGUUGCCGUAGCGGUUUCGCUGGAGGAACAAGGUGGUAUAAGUAGUAGCGCUGCACUGGAAAGUGCAUGCACAGGCGCUACUGGUGCAGCAUCAGAACUAGAACGAGCCCUAGUAGCCGCCGCUCGCGACCAAGCAAGAGACUUGGCCCCACUUGCAGACGAAGCUAAACGUCUCGCUUCGGACCUCGCACAUAUAGAAAAACUUAUUUCGAACUCAGCCAGUUCCUGUGGCGAGAGAGAAUCGGAGAGGUUGCAUCAUAUAGCCAGUCGUCUCCAUGAACAAUUAGACCAUAUUAUAGAGGUAUGUAAACUACUUAGACACAUAGCAAUGUCGGAAACCCUUCAAGUCAGCGCGAAAUUUGCCGAAAUCAACCUAAGGAUAUACGGUCCUCAAGUGGUGACGGCAGCGCGCACACUAGCGGCAUAUCCAGGCAGUGCGGCCGCGCGGGAAAACCUUGACGUCUUCGUGGACAUGUGGGCCUGGCUGCUCGCUGACGCCGCACGUCUCGCCACAGAGCUGCUCCACAUCACAGACGAUAAACCCGACAAACAACAGUACAGCAGUUUACCAAGACCCGGUAAACACGGUACGACGAGUAAACCUUUAAAAGCCGUCAAAUUGGACUCGGACGAACAAGCAAAAAUAGCGAAAUCGGGUCUAGAAAUGAAAAUGAUGUCUUCAGAAAUGGACGCUGAGACUGAGAGAUGGCAGGGCGCCGCCGCCGACGAAAACAACGACAUCGUAAAAAGGGCAAAAAAUAUGUCUUCCAUGGCUUUUGCUAUGUAUCAAUUUACUAAAGGCGAGGGUCGUUUAAAUACAACGCAAGACCUAUUCACACAAGCAGAGUAUUUUGCUGAAGAAGCGAAUAGGCUCUAUAAGAUUGUUAGACAAUUUUCAUACCAGGUUCCUGCCGGUUCAACAAAAAAAGAACUUCUGGAACAUCUGGACAAAGUACCGACCUACGUUCAACAAUUACAAUUCACGGUAAAAGAGCCCACGGUGGGACGCGCUGCUACAUUCAGCAAAGUCGAUAACGUCAUCCAAGAGACCAAGCACCUCAUGAACGUGAUAAGUAAAGUUGUCACCACUUGCUUCGAGUGCGCGAACAAGUACAAAUUGGAGUUCACGGGUUUAUCAGCGGGUGGGGCUGGGUCUGGCGGGGGGCGAGGUACAUCGCGGGAUGAGGAGGGCGGUGGCGGGGGUGGUGGAGACGCCAAGCCGGGGGGGAGUAGCUCCGACACAGCCAUGUGACAGUACGGCAUGGGCCGGCGCGGCAAGGGCGACGCGCGCCGGACCAGGGUCAGCUUCCUCUUGUUUUAAACGUAUAAAAGUUUAAAACAAUACGUCGCCUCCGUGUUGGUCAUACGUAGAACUAGUUGCAAUGCAUUAAUCUGAAUUCAUGUGUUAUGCAUCUCAAAAAAAACGUUUGUCCGCCGCAUAAAUAAGUAUGCGUACCAAAAUUACAACCUUUUCGAUUCUUGGGAUUGCAGUUACGACUGGUGUUAACUACUAGGAGGCGUUUUGUAGAAAAAGCUAAAUUAGCUGUAUGUAAUAAAACGUUCUCAAGAAAGAGAACCAAUUGCUUUAAAAAACUUGCGUAUGGUUCAGGGGGCUUAGACUUGAAGUAAGCCUCCUAUAAUACUUCCAUAUAAAAAACCUAGGCAACCAAAAAACGGUGAACAGUAUUAACUAAAAAUACUGUGGAAAAACAAAUUAUAAAAUAAAAAACACAAAAGUCAAACAAAUUUCCAUUAUAAUUGCAUAUUAAUGAACAGAUUCGUGUAUUACCAACGAUGUUCUUCGUGUGAAGAAUCACAUGCAUUUCUGUCUACGAUAAUUACCAAACGCACCAAGAGCGUAGACUUUAUUGCGUGUGACGCUUAAAUACCAACACCGAAACCAGCAAAUUUAUUCAAUUACUUCAAAAUGAAUGCAUAGUAUUGAAUAAUUUGCAGUUUAAAUUGAUAAUAAGAUGGACAGUACGAUAUUUCUUAAUAAGUUUCAACAGAGCACUUGCGACACACAAAUUCUCUUAGAACUCUUUCUAUCUAUGAAUAAAAGAGUAUAUAGUACUAGUCUUGCGAUUACUUAAGUCACAAGAUAAUUACAUAAUAUAGAACGUGAAAUUAAAAUAUAUGUAAUGUUUUCAAAUGAAACUUAAUUUCGAAAAGUUUAUUAUAUUGUUAAAUGUUACAAAGGAUUGUUACUAUUAUGCCUUAAUGUUAACACCACGCUCAUACUUUUCACGAUUAGAAAGUUUAUGAUACGCAAAACAAUAAUGAAAAUAUAUGUAAUGUUAACAGUGUAUUCAGAUAUAAAUAGAAUCAUAUACAGAUAUUAUUAGUGUCUUUGAAUAUUGCCUAAUGAAAGAUUUAAGUAUUUUGGGAUUAAUUACCUACAUAUUUAUAAGGAUAAGAAAAAAUACACUUUUAUCAAAUAACACAUUGUUACAGAAACAAGAACACUUACCCUGAUUUUUUUGUUUUAUCCUAAACAUUAUUUGUAAAAAAUAGUAUGUACCUACAAUCGACAUGACUUCACUACGCCCUUUUCUAUAUAUCUAAGCCUUCUUUCAUGUACCUAGUGCACUUUCUGUGGUCCUGUCGCACUUUGAUUUUCUUUAUGCACGCAUGCUUUAUGUGAACCUUUUAUUUGGGACAAUGCUACAUCUCUACCGUCACCAUCACAAACACACUUACUCUCGCAGCAUUCGAUGUUAUCGCAUUCUAGUGAGUGGCUCUUUUUAACGACGAGUUGUUGUAAAUACAUUAGAAAACGAACCGCUGAAUUAAUUUUGCGUAUUCUGCUCGUGCGUGCGUCGAGUAAUUGUUGCAUGAUUGUGAAACGAAAGAUAUAGACAUGUGUGUUGCAUGUGUGUAACGUGAUGAUCGCAAUGGAUGUCGUACGUCAUCUUUCCGAGGAUUUUUAACGUUAAGAUGGGAUGGAAAUUGACUCUGGUGGUUGCCGACGCAGCCCCCACGUCGCCCUGCAAGUGUUAUAUAGACCGGAGGCGAGUGCGUCACCGAGCCAGACUGCCGAAGUUCGUCUAUACGUACAUACGUGCAUGCUUCUAUGUGUAUCAUGUUGGUUGCUGGCUUGACUGUACGCAUAUCAUUACGCCCGGCAUGUAUGCAAUGUUAUAAUUUAUCAUUGUUCGCAAAUAUUCAACAUAUCGUAUUUAACGUAGGUUUAUAUAUAUAUCGCAACAGAGGAUAUGACGACAAAGUCGUUUUAGUUACUAAGUUAUAGUUAAUAUUCAAAUAUAGCCUAAAACUAGAAGAUUUUCAGCAAUAAUAAAUAUUACUUUCACUAAGUGCCGCUAGAUAGGUAUUAAUUACGUUUACGAUUGUGUUCGUAGUAAUUUAAGUAUUUUGUCAUAUAGAUUUACUAUAAUGUGGCUUUCGCUGCAAAAUGACAAAUAAUCAUUUAAAAAAUCUGAAAAUAGUAACAGUACCUAAUAUACGCUAAUUUCGAAAAGUUGCGAAAGCGGUUUGAUGAAUAUCCAUGAGCAAGUUCCUUCUUACGGCAUAGGCCUCUGCUUUCAACGGUACUAAAAACAUUAACCUACGAAAAACAACUCCGCAAAUCUGAUAUAUUUUCGUAGAUGUUACGUAGCAAUAGAGUAGGGCUAGUUUCAUAGUUACUUAUUUGUGAGUUCACACGAGGAAGGAUCAGUUUUCUGUCUAUUUCUCAGACAAGCAACGUGUGUUUCACUUUUAAAGAUAGAACAGCCGUCAAUCUUCAAUCUCGUUGUUACUAUGUGAUGUAUGUACCGUAGUAUUUAUCAUGAAGUGGGUUGUAAGUUACUAAAGCGAUAACUGUCAGGAAAAAAAAAUUAAGUACUCGAUGCACGUAAGUCACAAGGAUACAGAAGCAGAAAAAUAAGAUAUAAUUAUGUUUAGGACAUAUCAAAUUUAUAUAAAAGUUGAUGUAAUUUUCAAAACUUUCAUUUAUUUGAGAGAGACAUUAAAGUAUCACGCCAAACUAUGUUUGAAAAAAUAAAAUUACUGUUAAAACGCUCGCUCUGCUAAGCGCGUAUCAAAUGAAGUUUAUAAGACGUAUAUACUCGACGUUACGAAAGCUGUGAGUUCACUAUUUUCCUUUUUACUCACAAAUGUUUUAGAAUUAGAUUGUUUGUUCGUGAACGUCCUGCUAGUUACACUGAUUCGUAUCGGAAGCAAUGCUUUGUACCUUGUUCUGUCUAAACUCUAAAGGUGUCUCAGUGUCUGUGCUCGAUCUCACACCUCUGUUUCAAUGGUCUAUAUAACACUUCCGCUUUAUUCAAGCAAUCCUUUAGUAUUCUCUAAUCUUACUAUAGUAUCGAAUAGGCUCUAUUUUAAGUUUUGUAAAAAAAAUUGUUAACUCUUGUCUACUCUUUAUAUUAAAUCCUUUUCAUUUUUAAUUAUUGUAAGUACAUUGUUAAUUGAUAAAUCGUGUUAUAGGUAAGUGUUUUUUUUAAUGUAUUACGAAUGAAUAUUGUUAUUCAGAAUUGUAAAGUUUAUAAUUAAUAUAAAUGAGCUUGAUGAAGCUUUAUAAUGAAGAGUUGUGAAUCUAAUUUGUGGCCAUGUAACAUUUAGGGUCAUAUAGUUAAAAUUAUGUAUUGCUGCGACAGAUUGGCAAUUUAUUCGUUAAGAAUAACUUAAAUUGGACAGUAUCUGUGUAUAUUCGUUCAUGAAAUUAAUUAAAUAUGAUAUUGUAAAGGCUCUGAUUCCCGCGUGAAGAGCUAAAAAGAUACUAACACUUAGAGGACUAAUUGCAACGUAUGAGUGAAAAUGGAAAAAAAUAAUUUUCUUAUACUUAUUUUAUAGUCCAUUCGGUUAAGAUUAGAUAAAGUGCAACGCUGUAUUGUGCCAAAAAGUACAACAUAAGAUAUUCACGUAUUCUUAGAAUUUCUAUAGACACUUGAUGAAAGUAUUAUAAUGUUUCCCACCAUUAGUGUAAUAAUAUAAGAUCGAUUUCAUUUUAAACUCAUUUAGGAUACAAUUUAUUCAGAAUGUAGUUAGUGAUGUUAUUAUAGAUGUUACAAUAGCUGUGCCGUUGUGCCUACUCGCGUAGAAUAAUAAUUUUGAAGCGAGUCUACUAACUACUGUCAUUAGAGUUAACAUAUUAGCAACCAUAGUGAUGACCGCUACACUCCACGCGAGUUUAAACUUUAUUAUAAAACGCAAUAACUUCCAUUACAUUGAAAAAGCAAUUAACGAAAAUUAGAUAACGAUAGAUAAAUUUAUAGACGAUACAGUGAUUUGUGAUAUUACAUUGUACUUAUUGAAAUUUUAGUACAACGUCCUUUUAUUUCAUUGUUUAUAUAGUUAUAUGAAUAGAUUGACACGAAAAGAACACCAAUAAUAGGUAAUAUGUACCGUUAAAUAAUUAACAUAAUUUAUAAUUAGUCGUAAGAAAUGCUACUCGAGGUGUGAUGUGACGGUGAUUAUAUCGAUAGGUCUUUAAAAUGAAACGAUUAAAAUAUUUGCUUUACUGUUAGAAAGUCUUUGAAAAUUCAAGUAUUUUAUAGCCUUAGUUUUCAUUGUUAACUAUUCUUAAGAAACUUUCGAAUAUUACGCUCUUUUAUGAAUUACCACUACUAUUGUUAUUAUCUACAAUACACUUGAAUUUCUACAAAUUAGUCGCGUUUACGAAAGAAUAUUAAAUCAACUUUUUUGACACACACUUAAUUACUUACUUAUGUACACAAUAAAUAAGUAACACCUAAGCCUUCUUUAAUAUAUCUACACUGAUUUUGCGGGAAAACUUUAUUGACGAAACCUUCAAAAUAAAAAUUCCUCUUUUCGGUCCUGAAUGAUUAAGAAGAAUACAUAUUUAUAGAUUUUUCAAAUUUAUACUUAAUUUACAUUUAGUUUUGGUAUAAAAAUAAAGCAAUCUUAAAACUGUAUGUAAUUUCGUAACAUCACUUAGCACUUCUGGAAUAUUGAUUUUUUUAGUAAAUAAAAAUGUGAUCAAUCAAUAAUCUGUAUAGGUACAAAUACGUAUAUUGCUUUAUAAAGGCAAUCAAAAAAGGACCGAAAAAUUAAUAUACAACUAUAAUCUAAUAUAGCGCAGAGUCAAAAUUUAAUAGAUUAUAUAAGAAACACUAAUAUUUUAAUGUACGUUUAAUAUAAAUUGGUGAAACCCUGAAGGAAAACAAACCCCGUUAUAUUAUUAGAAGCUGUAAAUAGUUAAAUUUCAAUAAUACAUGAUAUAAUAAAUUAAUAAUAAUUUCUACGUGUGCGUUUUAAUAUCGCGUCGUAGAUGAAAUGUUGUGAUUGUUAUAAUAUAUUUGAUGAAUUCUCAUUGUAAAAAUGAUAAUAAUGUAGAAGUACAUAUAUUUUCCAUAGCGCUGCCAAAGAUGUAUUUAGGAUGUAUAGAUGUGUUUAUAAGAAGUUAUUCGGAGGUUGUUCGUGAUUUUAAGGAGAUUACGUUCUUACACAGACGACUUAAAUAUAAUUUGCGAUUAAUAAGAACGGGAAUGACAAUACAUCAUAAUAAUUGUUUUAAAAAUAAAUAAAAACGUUGUAACAAUUUCCACUUUAGCAUUGACACAAGUUUCAAUUAAUCGUUAUUUUUCAAUAUACCUAUUGUAUAUGUAUAUUUAUUUUGAAUCAAGUAAAUUAUGAAGCAACUUUUGACGUUCAGGCCGUUGGAGUUCCUGUUCUUAUUUUGAAAUUGCAUGCGAUUUAGCGGCAAUUGUGCACCUACUGUUACGAAUGGAAGUCAACCGUUCAUGAUUUUAAUCAUU